GAGGAGGAGGCUGAGGUCAUUGAGGCUGAGGUUGACGCGGUCAAGUCGCGGCUGCUGGAUUCCUUCUACGGCACCAACCGGGGUUUGUCCGCGUCCUCCAAAACCCGCGCGGAGGUCAACGAGCUCAUCUCGAGGCUCGAGGCGAUGAACCCGACGCCCUCGCCGUCCUACGAGCUCGCGGCUUUGUCCGGCAAGUGGCGCCUGGUGUACACGUCGAACAGCGAGGUGAUGUUCUUACUCGCCGCGGAGAACCUUCCGGGCCUCAACGUGGGCGACAUCACCCAGACCAUCGACGGCGUCGGGGGACGGGUGGAGAACCGCGUGGCGUUCAGCGCGCCGAUGCUCGAGUCCUCCGUCAGCGCCAACGCGAGCUUCGAGGUUCGGUCGCCCAAGCGACUGCAGGUCAAGUUUGACGAGGCUGGCGUCGAGACUCCGACGAUUGUCGCCGACGUGUUCCAGUACAUGUCCCUGCCGAUGACCGUGGACGUCAUGGGACAGUCCAUCGACACCGCGCCCCUGGCGGAUUUGAUGCAGCCGUUCCAGUCGGGGUUGACCGACGCCCUCAACGGGGUUAAAAGCGCGGUGAGCGGCUUGCCGUCGCUGAAGGUACCGCUGCCGGAGUCAGCCAGCCCAGGGUCGGAGGCGUGGCUGCUGACCACGUACCUGGAUGGGGAUUUGAGGAUCGCAAGAGGGGAUGGCGGGAGCGUCUUCGUCCUGACGAAGGUGAACGACCCUCCCAAGUACGGCAACUACUGAUGA